AUGAUGAUGCACAUCAUACUUGGCAGUGACUACCUCGUCGCCCACGACGGGGUCAUGUAUUUUCGGAACGGGAAUACAAGGUUCUUCGAGAAGUACGAGGGUCUCGUGCCAGAGAUUGUGUAUGCUGCCCUGAAGGAGUACCUCUUGACUUUAGAAGGGCUUUUCCGGUCUUUUACUGGCGAGGCUCGGAAGGCGUUCGCCGCGUGGCGCGACAACGCCAUCUUCGACAGAGGAGGCAAGGGCGGCGGCAAGGGCGGCGGCAUGGGGUGCGCGGGGGAAUCUGCCGCAGAAUUCGAUGCCCUCUCGCAGAUAGAGGCGCAAGGGCUGGAUGGCGAUGCGCACGCGCCGGCGGACGACAGCGCCGCGCGCAGUGCGCCGUGGUAUAUCACGAUCGCAGUGAGCGUUGCUCGAGUUGGGCGAAGCUUACAGAUCCAGAUGAUUCAGAACAAGUUGCCGUCGUUUUACUGCGAGUGGUGCGAGACUCCGCGCCCCUCGCUCAGAGGCGUCGCCCGCCCCGACAUCGCGUUCGUCUACGACCUGGGCGGAGCCCCGAUGAAGCAAAUCGCGAAUGAGCAGACGUUCUGGGCAAACGCCGCCGCGCACAAAGUGUGCAUGGCCGCCCUCGCUCUGGCGAAGGGAGGGUUGAACAUCGACCAGCUGUUCUUCUUCUGGGGAGCUGGCGGCGUCGGGCUUUCGCUGAUGACGGCCCAUCUCGACGCCGUGCUCGGGCACUCCAACCACAAGUAUUUCGACCCGCACGUGUUCUACCUGGAUGAGGAGAUGCGGAAGACGGUGGAGUCGCUCAAAGGCACGAUCGCUCUCGCGGCACAGGAGAAGCCAGAAGGCUUGAGGAAGAGCUUCCGGGAGGACUUGUUCAAGAAACUGGCGUCUGCCGACGGCAUCUUUGGUCGACUCCCGUCUCUUCUGAUCAAGAUUUUUGCUAGGCUUGUCGAUGCGGAAUACAUCAGGCGCGCCCUGCUGGACGCAGAGAAGUACGGCAUCUUCCCGCGGGCGCUGGAUCUGAAGCCGUUCAUGCAGUCGGGGCCCGCCAUCGCGGCCGGUCUGCAACGACAGCUGGGCUUCGAACGGAAAAAUGGCGAGGCGGCAUCGAGGUCGCUGAUAGAUGACUACUGCCUGCGCGGAGGAGGUAAUGGGAUCACGGAGAAAUGCAUGCGACAGGCGUGUCUUCUCCCGGAGCCGAGCAGGCCGAAGCCUGGCGGCCAGAGCAACGCGGCUGCCCCGCCGCCCGGCGUCGACUUCGAAGUCGGAGUGGGCGAGUCGCAGGACGCGGAAGAGCCCAUGGCGCGGUUGCGCCGCCAACUCCUCCAUCAGAUGCUCGAGCGGAGCUUCGACGCCUUGACAUUUUCAUAUUUCAGGCAGAUGUCUACAGGGCAGAUUCAAGGCUUGCCGGAGAAGAAACCGACGCUGUGGAAGGCGAUGGAGGAGUCCGCCGGAUGGUCGAAAGGUGGUUUGCAUGGCAAAGCGAAGGACAGACUUUCACCAAAAUUGUUGACCACUCGCAAAUUCGAUGAUAUUGUGCCGGCGCCGAACGUGGAAGAGCCGACCGUGCUCCCGGAACAGUGGGACCGCGCGGCGCUGAGCCGUUACGCGAACGGCAACGCUUGUCGCAAGCACAACGUCGACAUCAUGAUUGCGACCUUGGGGGCCGUCCCAAAGCCGCGCGGGCGGAAGAAACGCGGAACUGAGCCCGAGGUGGGCGGCGACGCCCAUCUGCGCGCGGUCGGCGCGUCCAUUCAGGCAGCAGAGCUCACCCUGGAAGCGUUGCUCGAGAGCGCGCGCGAGAGGCCGACCGUGGUGCCAGCCGACGCACCAGCGGAGAAGAGGAGGAACAUCGGUGUGAAGAAGAGCUUCAGCGGUGGCAUCGACUUGGCAGAGCGCGGCAUCUCCUACGCGCAUCAACGCACGGCGGCCCGUCGCUUCGCGGAUGGCCCGGCGGCGCAGGGGUGCCCGGCGCGCGCGCUACAUUCGAUGCUGGAAGGCACCGUUGAUCUCGACAUCCACAGCGCGGUCCUGACCGUCACCUGGCAGCUCGUGGAGAAAAUGGACAUGGUCGACAAGAACCUGUUCAACGAGGAGUUAGAGUUGCUGAAGCGGCUGGCUGAGAACAGGGACGAGGUACUGCGGAGCGAGUUGCGGGACAUGGGGCCCGAGGCGGCCAGGCGCUUCUUACUCGAGAUCAUCGGCGGGGCCCGUUCUUUCGACGCCGAUGCCAGGCCAUUCGCCAAAAAGUUGCAACGCGUGAGCCGCGUGCUGCGGUGGCUGGCGUGCUCGGCAUUGCCCGAGGUAUACGAGAGCUUCUGCCACGACGCCGCGCAGGGCGACGGCGAGAAGACAGGGAAAUGGCCGGAGGGACAAACGUUCUCGACUUUCUACCAGCGUGCGGAAGACUACAUCCUCGGUCAGUGGCAGACGUGGGUGCUAGCGCAGCCGGUGAAGCAUCUGUCUCUGCAUUUCGACGGCGUCAGGAUCAGCCGGGACGCGGUGCUCGCCAACCAUGCCACCGUGGCGGACUUCGCCGCUGACGCGAGUGCCCAUAUCGCGAGGGAAACAGGCUUCGUAGUCAAAAUCACAGAGAAGACACACCCGAAGAUCGCGGAGGCACUGACGAGCUGCGAGGCGUGGCGGCCAACGGAUGCGCUUUCGGCGCCCAACGACCUACUGAGGCCCGGCAAUGGUAUUCUGCUGGCGCUGUGGCGAUGCGGCGACGCCAGGGUGUCCGCGUCCGUCGAAUCUUGCGCCGGCGCCACGUCCGUGGAGAGCAGUGCUGCCAGCGUAGAGAAAGGGAGGACGUACGCGGAGUGUUGCGUGGCACACGGCGUGUCAAUGAUGCCGCAGCUGGGCUUCGAUGCUCGCGAGCAGGGGCGCAAUCUUCUCCACGUGGACGGGCACGGUUCGCCAUCGUGCGCACUCGUCCACGUGGGGGCGGAGCUCGACAAGGCGACGGUUUAUUUUCAUGGCCAAGUCGGCGAGGUGAGUCUGGCAGAGAUCCAUGAUGCCGUCCUCGCCGGGCGAGACUCGAGGUUAGCAGUCACGUUUCGCGUGAAUUUGUCCCCGGCGGCGCAGGCGGCCGCCGAAGACAGCCGCGGCGCCGGGCCCUUGGCAGCGCUCUUGAAUAUGAUGGCGUGA